AUGACGGGAGGGAGCUCAUUGAGAGGAUAUUCAAUAGGCUCGACACUUGGUGUUGGUUCAUUUGCCAAAGUUAAGCUUGGGGUCCACAAGAGUUCGGGAAGGAAGGUAGCAAUUAAGAUCAUCGACAAGGCCAGGAUGUCGUCAAUGGGAGUAAUGGGAAAACUCUCAAGAGAGAUCAGCGCAAUCAACGGACUUUAUCACCCGAACAUAAUACACCUAUACGACCUAAUCGACACACCGGAUACAGUUUUUCUAAUCAUGGAAUACGUGGACGGAGGAGAGCUGUUCGACUACGUGUUGCAGAGAAAUAAGCUGGGCGAGGUGGACGCAAUAAGAAUUUUUAGACAAAUAAUCUCAGCAGUCAACUUCUGCCACAAGAGAAUGCUGUGCCACAGAGACCUGAAGCCCGAAAACAUUCUGAUGGACAAAUACAUGAACAUAAAAAUCGGAGACUUUGGCCUGUCAAAUUUCAUGAGGGACGGAGAGUGCCUUAAAACGCCCUGUGGCUCUCCGAACUACGCCUCUCCAGAAGUGAUAUGCGGAAAGCCAUACGCAGGGCCGGAGGUGGACAUAUGGUCCUGCGGAAUCAUUCUGUAUGUGCUGCUGUGCGGAAGCCUCCCGUUCGACGACGACGAAAUACCAGCACUGUUUGGAAAAAUAAAGCUGGGGAAGUUUUACAUCCCAGGCCACGUCACGAAUGACGCACGCUGGUUGCUGAUGAGGAUGUUGGACGUGGACCCACAGACAAGGAUAACGAUGCAGGAAUUGCUGAUGCACCCGUGGUUGAGAGGGUGCGACAUGAUAUAUGUGCAUCACGAGUGGGAGUCGCAGGGAAGGCAGUCGCACACGUUCUCCGCUGACAUUAUAGAGUUCCUGGAGCAGACGUUCACGGUCGACCCAUAUAACCCGCACAACAUGGUGGUCGAGGCCCCGAAGACGACAGUGUUCACACUCAACCAAAAUAUGCAGCGCUGGAAGUUGGGAGUCUCAGGGAUCAAGUCUGAGUUCAGAUGCAUCAACAAGCUGUGCUCUUAUUUGUUUAACCGGUCGUACGUGUGGAAGUUCAGGCCAGGCUUCAGAAUGUUCAUAAAGCACUCGGAUAACAAACUCAAUUUUGUAAUGCAGUUAUAUAAACUGAGAUAUAAGACGUACCUGCUGGACGUGCAGCUACACUCAGGGCCACUAUUAGGUGAGUUUAGUGAUGUAAAGACAGAAUGUAGAGUGUUUUCACGAGGCGCAACGAAUGCUCAGCGACCUUAA